GUCCUGCAUCCUCAGCGAGGUCUCCACCCGCUCGCGCUCCAAGCUCCCCGCGGGGAAGAACGUGCUGCUGCUGGGUGAAGACGGAGCUGGAAAAACAAGCUUAAUAAGAAAAAUUCAGGGAAUAGAAGAGUACAAGAAAGGAAGAGGAUUGGAAUAUUUGUACCUAAACGUGCAUGAUGAAGACAGGGAUGAUCAAACGAGAUGUAACGUGUGGAUCUUAGACGGGGACUUGUACCACAAAGGCCUCCUGAAGUUCUCACUGGAUGGCGUUUCUCUGAAGGACACCCUCAUCACGCUGGUGGUCGACAUGUCGAAGCCUUGGACUGCUCUGGAUUCUCUACAGAAGUGGGCAAGUGUUGUUCGAGAACACAUCGACAAACUGAAAAUUCCUCCCGAAGAAAUGAAAGAAAUGGAACAAAAGCUGAUUAGAGACUUCCAAGAGUAUGUGGAGCCAGGAGACGACUUCCCAGCCUCGCCUCAGAGAAGGAGUACCACGUCGCAGGAAGACAGAGACGACAGUGUAGUUUUACCUCUGGGUGCAGACACCCUCACCCACAACUUGGGCAUUCCGGUACUAGUAGUUUGCACAAAGUGUGAUGCCAUUAGCGUAUUGGAGAAAGAACAUGACUAUAGAGAUGAACAUUUUGAUUUUAUUCAGUCACAUAUCCGGAAAUUUUGUUUACAAUAUGGUGCAGCCCUUAUUUACACUUCAGUAAAAGAAAACAAAAAUAUAGAUUUAGUAUAUAAAUACAUCGUACAGAAAUUAUAUGGAUUCCCCUAUAAGAUCCCUGCUGUCGUUGUGGAAAAGGAUGCAGUAUUUAUUCCAGCAGGAUGGGAUAAUGAUAAGAAAAUAGGAAUAUUACAUGAAAAUUUUCAAACAUUGAAAGCAGAAGAUAAUUUUGAAGACAUCAUAACUAAACCACCUGUUCGAAAGUUUGUACACGAAAAGGAGAUCAUGGCCGAAGACGACCAGGUGUUUCUCAUGAAGCUGCAGUCUCUCUUAGCAAAGCAGCCGCCAACUGCAGCUGGAAGGCCUGUGGAUGCCUCACCAAGAGUACCAGGAGGCUCUCCUCGAACACCAAACAGAUCUGUGUCGUCCAAUGUCGCCAGUGUGUCACCCAUCCCUGCUGGCUCAAAAAAAAUUGAUCCAAACAUGAAAGCUGGAGCUACAAGCGAAGGCGUCCUGGCAAAUUUCUUCAAUAGUUUGUUGAGUAAAAAGACAGGCUCUCCAGGAGGCCCAGGUGUUGGUGCUGGGAGCCCUGGAGGCGGGGCUGGCGGUGCAAGCAGUGGUUUGCCACCCUGCGCCAAAAAGCCAGGCCAGAAGCCUGUCAUAUCAGACGUUCACGCGGAACUGGACAGAAUCACACGCAAGCCAGUGACAGUCUCUCCUGCCACACCUGCAUCUCCUGCGGAAGGAGAAGCUUCUUGAAGAUACCAAAUAAAGCCAUUUAUUCAGUUUUCUGGGAUAAUGUGCACUUGCCUCUGCCUUUUCCUUCAGAAAUGGAGUUAGGAAGCUGCAGUGCUUUUUCAGGCGGACUAAAUUGAUGUCUCUCUUUCUCUCUCUCUUUUUUUUUUUUUUGGUUACCCAUUUUUAUAAAAGGAGCUACACAGAAGAAAAAUUAUUCUACUUUACGUAGGAUUGUUACUGCAUUGCCAUUUUGCAUAAGGAAGUAAUUUUGAGUUGUGAAAAUCUCAAAAUUAAUAAAUUCAAAAUACAACCAUAGAUCAUACUCUAAAGGCUGCUUAAAACAUACAGGGGGGGGUUAGGGAAGGGCAGGAAAUAUGCAGUUUGGGCAUUUGACUGACUUGGAAGACCAACCUUAUUUUAGUUAAGACUAGGAAAAUCAUUAGGAAAAGAAAUGGUUAGUUUUACUGAAAAAGAGAAAAACAAUCAAUUGUCAGAUUUUGCACACAAACACAAGUGUCCCACCACACACGGAAUGUGCUGAGCGGACUGUCACAUCGCAUCUGAUACACCAGUCACCGUCUCAAUCAGUGAUCCUGUGCAUUGUCAUCAAAACGACUUAGGAAUACUGGCCACGGCGUUUAACCGAGAAGAAAGGAAGCACACUGCCUAAAUAUGUAAGAGAAAAACGCAGAGGUCACUAACAUGUCCAGAGGUAGCGGUCUUCGGAUUUGUCUCCACAUAUAUAUAUAUAUGGCUCUGCCUUAAUAUUCCCCCUUUUUGUUUGUGACUUUCAACUGUAAUCAGUUAAUAAAGUAUUUAUUCUCUGCA